AUGGCUCGCGGGGGAGCUUCCCCCGCGCCAAAUCCUUUACCGAAAGUCUCCUUCGUGCGAGUAACCGACGAAGUAACACAACAACCCUCCGGCGUGCACGACCAUGUGGCGCGAUCGUACGGAUACAAUGACUUCAACGAUGAAUUCAUGCGACCCGAGGAGCACUACAUUCGAUACAUUGAACCUUUGGAGAGCGAUCUCGCCACGCAGGUCGAAUAUGACAUGGACGAGCAAGACCAGGAAUGGCUCGACGCCGUGAACGUUGAGAGGAAGGCGCAACAACUAGACAAAAUCACUUACGAAACCUUCGAGAUCAUCAUGGACCGUUUGGAGAAGGAGUGGUUCGACCUGUCGAAGAACAUCCCCAAGUCAGACAUGGCGCUCCCCUCUGAGGAUUCGACAUGUGCUAUAUGCGAUGAUUCGGAGGGUGAGAACACCAAUGCCAUCGUGUUCUGCGAUGGCUGCAACCUCGCUGUGCAUCAAGAUUGCUAUGGGGUACCGUACAUCCCCGAGGGGCAAUGGUUGUGCCGGAAAUGCACAGUAUCUCCGGAGAACCCAGUGUCAUGUAUUCUGUGUCCAAACGAAGGGGGUGCGUUCAAGCAGACCGUUUCCGGGGACUGGGUGCACUUGCUAUGCGCCAUCUGGGUGCCAGAAACUGCGGUCGCCAACGACGUCUUCAUGGAGCCCAUCACUGGUGUAGAGAGAAUAUCUAAACAGCGCUGGAGACUGAGGUGCUCAGUAUGCGACGUCAGAGAGGGUGCUUGUGUACAGUGCUCGAAGGCGUCGUGCUUCGUGGCCUUCCAUGCGACAUGUGCAAGGAAGGAGAAGCUCCUGAUGCCUAUGAAGGCUACGCAAGGGUCGGAAGCACCUACUUUGGCAUGCUACUGCGAGAAGCAUCUGCCGCGAGAGCAACAGGAAGCACGGCUCGCCGCCUUCAGAGCGCAAGCCCCAGAGGACUCGGAUGCUGAAAAUGGUCAAGCCAACGCCAAAUCCAACAAGACAGCCCGUGCGUAUGCGAAGACGUACAAACCGGGCCCGCCGUUAGUGCCUCGCAUCAUAGUCAACAGGAUACUGCAAUACAUCUCUCGAAUAUCUGUCCGACACAAACCGGAAUUUGUGCAACUGGUUUGUAGGUAUUGGAGCUUGAAGCGAGAGGCGAGGCGAGGCGCCCCGCUCCUCAAACGGCUACACUUGGAGCCGUGGACGGCGCUCUCAGGCAGCAAACUCCAGACGGACGCAGAAAAGGUGGCGAAGUUGGAAUAUAUGAGGAAAUUGCGGCUAGAUUUGGAGCGUGUUCGCCUGAUCAUCGACGUCAUUCGUCAUCGGGAGAGCGCGAAGCAGAAGCAACAAGAGCAAAUCCAACUUGUUCUGUCGCGUAUCUUCUUCCCUCACGAACCGGCGCUGAGGUUCACGUUCGAGAAGAUCUUAAGUUACGAUCGGCAGGAAUAUUUUAAGUCGCCUGUGAACAAGCACGAGGUACCCGACUACUACGAUAUCAUCAAGGAGCCUAUGUGCUGGGACACCAUCGACAAGAAGUUGGACAGCCAUGAGUAUCUUGACCUCGCGCAGUUCAAGCGAGAUGUUGCACUAGUAGUGGCCAACGCGAUGGCCUAUAACCAAACCAACACCCCCUUUUACAAGACAGCCUCGCGAAUUCAGGGAAAUAUGCCGCACAUAUUCGCAGACCUUGACCGUAAUCUGUCGAUGCGGCCUAGUGGGCUCAAAGUGGAGCCGGUUGACAAUGACCAUCUCAUCAGUGGCCACCUCGAUAGUUCGCAGCCAAAUGACGAGCGGGAUGGGGAAGAGCAUCUCAACGGCGAGCGUAUCCUGUCGCAAACCCCUCCAGAAGAGCCCCUUCCACCCAUUGGGGAUCUCGAGCCACCUCUCGAGCUUCUCGAGCUCCUGGUUUCCGAAGAGCUGAUCAGACAGGACACGAACGUCGUCAUGACGUCGCAGCCAAUCGAGUCCCUCCUCAGUUUCGAGAUGCCCAACAUUCGUCCUCUGGCCCCGCCGCCGCCCCCUCCAAAAGCAAAGCCAAAGCCACAACCACAACCACCACAUCAGACACAACCGGAAGAGAGCGAGCAGGAGAAGGGACGGCGACCACGUGCGAAGGUCGACCGAAAGGCGGCUCUGGAGCGCAAGCGAUUAGAGCGCCUGCGCGCCCUGGACAACUCGCCUGGCUUCCGUGCACCACGGACGCGUGCUGCUAUGGCUGCCGCGGUCGCCUUUGAGGCAGAGGCCACCGGAAGCUCUCAGCCGCCAGAGAGCGAGCCCGCCGCCGAGUCGUCUUCUGCGGCCGGUUUGGGAGAGGAGGCAAGCUCGUCAAAGCCAACGCCAGCGAAGAAGCCACGACGAUCUAUGGUACACGCCCCCCGGGACCUCCCACUCACGGUCGACAACGUCGACAACCGGAAGUCGUUCACGAUGUUCGAGCGCGGAUGGAUCCUGCCCCCAGAUCAAAAGCGCGGUGGCCGGGCGCGGGUCGAGCGGACUCCGUUGCCGCCACCCAAGAAGAAGGCGAAGCACGCCCACGAAGGGUCUCGCCGCUCUGUUUCUAGUUCAGCGCCUGGGGAGGGAAGCCGGUCUCAUCUGGCGGAGGGAGAAUCGUUCGAACUCGCAACACACGACGCUACGGUAUCCAACCCUAUAGAAAGCGACGUCUCGACCACGGAUAUCUCUGCUGCCGCCAUCCCUCCGGACAACAUCCCUGGACCUCCAACCUCAGCAGCUGAAGUUGCGCCUGCCGAACACGACAGUCCACCCUUGGAGCUGCCGAUACCUGAAAUACCUGACACUGUCGACCCUGUCCCUCCAUCGACCUCCGAACCCAUGACGGUGGAACCCAUCACUUCCACAGAUCCUCCCACUCUCCACGCGUCGUCUGAUGACCAGGAACACGCGUCGGUAGAAGGAGCGCCUAUGGAUGUAGACGACCCUGUCCUUGCCGAGAGUUCUCGCGAAGAAGACGUCGAUGUCGAGAUUCUCGACGAGGAAGUUCUGCCGUCUAUCGUGGUUGAUCAAACGCCGCCUCAGGAGGACCAGAUGGAGGUGCAGGAGGAGGUACGGGAGGAAGUUCACGCACUUGAUGUCCACCAGGAGCCAGAGGCCGCCUCAGAGCCAGCGCCAGAUCCAGACUUAGCGCAAGAAUUGGAAAGUGUGCAUGAACACGAACACGGGCGCGAUGGCGAGGGCGAGGGCGCGGGCGAGCGGGAUCACGAGCCGGAGCGCGAGCUGGAACAAGAACCAGAACUGGGGUCGGAACGGGGAGAAGAACCGGCGCCCGAACAAGAACCAGAGCAGAUGUCAGCAGGGCAGGAGCAGGAACCAGAACCCGAGGCACCGCAGACCCCGGUGGAAGAGCCACCACAAGAGCCGGUGGAGGAGCCAGCUCAAGAGGAGGACGAGGAGGAAGACACGGGGCCGAUAAAGAUCAUCUACAUCGACGAGCUCGACACCCCCGCGACGCGGAAGGAGAAGAACCUGCUCAAGAAGCUGAAGCGGCAGGCCGCCCGCGAGGCCCGCGAAGCCGCCGCCCGCGCCGCCGCCGGAGAGUCGUCCCCAGCUCCUGCUCCGGGUCCAUCCCCACGGCACGAGCAGCCUUCUGCGGGUCCGUCGCGGUCGCGGUUGUCGUCGGAUGCGCUGGACGACUACGACUCGGAACUCACCGACCUGUCGGACGGGGAUGACGACGGGGAGCCGGACGCGGAGAUUCCGAGUGCGGCGGGCCCGGGUGUGUUGCAAAAGCCUGAGGAAGGCCCGGCGAUGUUCCGCUCGUCGAGGCGGGGACCGCCCCCGGCGCAGGAGGAGGUGGAGCCUGGUUCCAUUGUUGUGAAGCCGGGGGAGAAGCUCGAGGGUGGGACGCUAGUGUGGGCCAAAUUUGAGUCGUUCCCGUGGUGGCCAGCUGUUGUGUUCGAGGAGGACGACCCGGAGGUGCCCGAAAGCGUCGUCGCACGAAUACCGCCGAGCGAGCCAGACUUGGAACUUGUUCGGUUCUACGAGAAGAAGCACAUCAACAACUGGGCAUGGGUGCGCCACCGCAACAUGCGCUACCUUGGCGAGGACGACUCGCUCGAUGCGUUGAUGCUUGCGCCGACGAGCAAAUACCAGCGAUGGCGGAGCGCCACGCGGCGAACGGAGUGCCGCAAUGCAUACCAGGACGCACUCGCAGAGAUGGAGGCCGAGGGGGAGGCGCAGGCUGCCAAUGAUGCGCCGCAGGGCGGGUCAUCUCGCACGCGCACCCAAACGGCUGGCCAAUCGGGGUCAGCUAGGGGUCCCGAUUCUAAACCGGGGCCUGCGGGACGGCUGCGCAAGGCUGAAGCAUCGCGGAACGCACCCGAGGAGGACCCGCUGCCCGCCGCCAUGGGUGCUGACAGCCCUAUGACAGAUGUGGACUCGGUCGAGUGAGCAGCGCUGUUCAUGGUUACUGAUGACGAUGUGUGUGUAUGUACGUUGCUUAGCUUAUGGUCGCUGUAUACUUGUCUGCUAUGAUAAUGCUGUCUGCUUGC